UGAUGUGCUGGGAGAUGCAAGAUGUCUUUUACGUCACCAAGAACAAUCGGACAUAUUCAUAUAAAAAGGUUAUUCCCUCUAAAGAACAGAUUUCCAACCUGCGGAAGUGGAAAGCCGUGGAUUACUUACUGUAUGACACGUUCAACACGUCACUUUGGCGCAAAAUUGCAGCACAGGGUGCGGACUUCCACGAGGAAGUAUACUACUUUAGAGAGGUCAACACAAAUGUCAACACGUACUGCGAUGAGCGACAGGAAGGGACACCCAAUCUCACAGUGGUAGCCUCGAGAUGGAAUCUACAGUUUGAAGUCGACGCCAAUUUUUGCCGUGUCAUACAAUCACGUGUAGACCAGCUUAUGGUGCCACUGCGGAAAGGACAGAAGGGCGGACGGGCAAUUCUGAGUGAAAGGGUUAACGUGUGGGCCGUCUCUCGAGGACAACGAACAUUCAAAUAUACGGAUGAGCGGGAACAAUAUGUAAAAAUGCGUAAUGAAUCUUCUUGGUAGGUCAUACUUUGCAUGGCUCCACUGCAAAGCAGUGCAAUAGCACUGAGUUGGACAACCCUGCUGGG